AUGCCAACUCCAAACACUUCCAGUUCUUCAGCCAAAGGCUUCCGGCGGGCAGUAUCUGAGCUGGACUCUAAACAAGCGGAGGCCAUCAUGUCUCCACAAUUCAUUGGUAGGCGACAGAGUCUUAUUGAAGAUGCCAGAAAGGAGAGAGAAGCUGCUGCAGCUGCUGCAGCUGAAGCUACUGAACUGACUGAAACGAUUGUCUUUGAUGAGAAGGAUGGGAUAGCCAUGUUGAAUCUUCUCUUCACACUCAAAGGAGGGAAGACUUCACUCCCAUCUCGUGCACUUAAAAUCUUUGAGACCUUUGAAGCCAAAAUUCAUCAUUUGGAAACAAGGCCCUGUAAGAAAGCGCAAGAGGGUUCUCCUGAUCUGGAAUACUUCGUGCGAUGUGAACUCCAUUGCUCAGCGCUGAGCACUCUUAUCAGUUCCCUUAAAAGGGUGUCAGAAGAUGUAAGGAGCACAAAAGAAGACAAGUUUCAUUGGUUUCCAAAAAAAAUUUCGGAGUUAGAUCUAUGUCACCAUUUAGUCACCAAAUUUGACCCUGAUUUGGAUCUGGAUCAUCCAGGAUUCUCUGACCAAGUAUAUCGUGAGCGAAGGAAAAUGAUUGCAGAAAUUGCUUUCCACUAUAAGCAUGGAGACCCAAUUCCUCGAGUUGAAUACACAGCAGAGGAGAUUACCACUUGGAGGGAAGUGUAUAGUACACUGAAGAGUCUUUAUCCCACUCAUGCCUGCAAAGAACACCUGGAUGCCUUCCAUUUACUGGAGAGGUAUAGUGGCUACAGUGAAAACAAUAUCCCACAACUGGAGGAUGUCUCCCGCUUCCUGAAAGAGAGAACUGGGUUCCAACUCCGACCGGUAGCUGGCCUUCUCUCAGCCCGGGACUUCUUAGCCAGUUUAGCCUUCAGAGUGUUUCAGUGUACACAGUACAUCCGCCAUGCUUCUUCUCCCAUGCACUCUCCAGAGCCGGACUGCUGCCAUGAACUUCUGGGACAUGUACCAAUGUUGGCCGACAAGACAUUUGCACAAUUCUCUCAGGAAAUUGGGCUUGCAUCAUUAGGGGCAACUGAUGAGGAGAUUGAAAAACUUGCAACACUUUAUUGGUUCACGGUGGAGUUUGGGCUCUGCAAGCAAAAUGGAAUCAUUAAAGCCUAUGGAGCCGGCCUCCUCUCUUCCUAUGGAGAGCUGAUACACUCUCUGUCAGAUGAACCUGAACUACGGGACUUUGACCCUGAUGCUACCGCUGUGCAACCCUAUCAAGAUCAGACCUAUCAGCCUGUUUAUUUCGUAUCAGAGAGCUUUAAUGAUGCUAAAGCUAAACUCAGGGUCUAUGCAGCACAUAUCAAGCGACCUUUUUCUGUGAAAUAUGAUCCUUACACAUAUAGUAUUGAGCAAUUGGACAACCCACAGAAGAUCUGUCAUUCCCUGGCAAAUGUGCGGGAUGAGCUCCACUCAUUAAUUGAUGCACUCAAUAUUAUCAGCUAA